AUGUCUUUCAACUGGUUUUAUCGCCGUUCUUCAACAGACAAUCGGUCUCAAGAUGAAAAAGCCCUCGUACGACGACUCGAUCUUUUUCUGUUAACUUUUGGUUGUUUAUCUCAGGUGAUCAAAUACCUGGACCAGCAAAACAUCAACAAUGCCUAUGUUUCUGGAAUGAAAGGUGAUCUGCAUCUCGAUGGAAAUGAACUGAAUUACUUCACAACAUAUUUUAAUGUCGCCUACUGCAUCAUGUUAAUUCCCUCCCAAGUCAUCCUCACCUUUGUCCGUCCCAGUUUCUGGCUUCCUGGGUUAGAAAUUCUCUGGGGUAUCUUAACUGGACUCGUUGCUAUGGCGAGCAGCGCAAAGCAAGUCUAUGUUUUACGGGUAUUCCUUGGACUGUGCGAAAGCAGUGCAUGGCCUGGGAUGAUCACUCUAUUCAUGCACUGGUAUACACCAACUGAACUCGCCAAACGCAUGGGAUUCUACCAUUCCUGCCAGGCAGUAGGCCAGAUGAUGUCUGGUGCUCUCCAAGCCGCUAUCAUCAAGACGAUGGACUACCACGCUGGCCUCGCUGGCUGGCGCUGGCUCUUCGUCAUCAACGCCAUCAUCACCGUCGUCUGGGGCUUUGCUGGCUUCUUCAUGAUCCCCGAUCUGCCCAAUAAGCCCAACCCUCGCGCUUUCUGGUUCAGGAAGAUCCACGCAGAGCUGUCGAUGGAGCGUCUUGCCCGUAAUGGCCGCGCUGAACCUAAAAAGAUGUCGUGGGCUGCUGUCCAACGCACAUUCUCCAGCUGGGUUGUCUACUUUCUCGCCAUCCUCUACAUCGCCACUGUUCUCGGUACUUAUGGAUAUGUCUAUUUCUCACUUUUCCUCGAAUCUCUCACCAACCCAGAUGGUGCGCCCCGCUGGAGCACUCCACAGGUAAACGCCAUCCCCAUCGGCGGCUCAGCCAUCAACGUCGUCUUCGUCUGGAUCUGGGCCCUCCUCUCGGACUACCUCCAUACCCGAUGGACGCUGAUCAUCAUCCAAGCUAUCAUCGCCAUCAUCCCCUGCAUCAUAAUGAGCAUCUGGACUACCCAUCCAAUCACCGUCCCUCUCUCAGCCGCCUACGCCUCCUACUUUCUCGCUUAUAUCCCACUUGGAACCGCCCCGCUCAUCUUCGCCUGGCUGGCCGAUCUCAUCCCACAAGAUCCUGAAGCUCGUUCGCUUAUCGUCGGCGUUGCGGUGGCUGGAUAUUAUGCGAUUUCGGCGUGGUCGCAGGUUCUCGCGUGGCCGGCUUCUCAGGCGCCGUAUUAUCGGUACGGAUGGCAGUCUGCGUUGGCGUUGUUGGUGCUGGUUAUCAUCAUGACUUGUGUUUUGCGUUUUAUUGAUGUGCGGUAUUAUGCGCCGAAGAGGGUGGCUUUUCGUGCUGAGAUAGAGGGUGAGAAUGUGAGGGAUGAGGAGGAUGAGGAUGCCGCCGCAACCAUUGCUUAUCAUUUUGACUCCAGUAAUGUUAUGAAAGGCAUUUACAUCAGGACACUUGCAAGGAGAGUGUAA